AUGGAGGAAAAACUCUCAGAAUUAAAGCUUUAAGUUGAUCAGCUGACAGAAGAAGCUGAAUAUGAUUUUCAAAAAGGAGAACAUUAUAAACCUUAAGUUACAUAGAUAAUUAAACAAAUUGACUCCUUGAUUGAUAAUGAAGAUUUAGAAAUCUCAAAAAAGCAUAAAAUAGAGCUAUAUUUUUUGAAAGGAAAGGCCUCUGACAUUCUACCUGAAUAUUCAAAAUUUGCUGAAGAGGCACUUACAAAAGCAAUGAAAUUGAAUCCUUUUCACAUAGACAGCUUAAAUACUUUAGGGCAUAUUUUGUGGAAGAAAAAGGAUUAUGUAGCUGCAAAGUAAUGUUUUGAAACUGCAAUUGAAAAAGAUCCAAAUAAUAUCAAGUCAUUGCAAUAUUUGUCUAUAGUGUUGAGGUAAGUUGGAGAUCAGAAGGAUAAGAGUUAAAAUGUGACAAAAUCAUUGGAAAUUGCAAAGAAAGCAUUGACAUUUGAUUUAAAAAAUGCACAAUCCUGGUAUUUAGUUGGAAAUGCAUACCUUUCUGAUUAUUUUAUGAAUCCAAAGAAAAAUAAUAAUGAAUUAAAUUUGGCCUUGUCUGCCUACAACCAAUCUGAAAAGAAUCAAAAUAGAGAAAACCCUGAUUUGUAUUUCAAUAGAGGAAACAUUCAUUGCUAUUUUGAGGAUUAUUAAUUAGCCUUUAAUGACUACAUUAAGGCAAACAAGAUUGACUAAUCAUUAACAACUGAUACAUUAAAGGAAGUGUAAUAGAAAGUGCUUAAAGUCUAUGAUUUGGUCACCAAUAAAGGCAGAAUUACAUAGAAAAAGUUGUAGAACAUAGUAAAAUAGAUUCCAAUAGGUUUGAGAGAAUAACCAAAAGGAUUUGAUCAUCCUCUUUAAAUGUGUACUAUAGGAGAUUUGAAAGAUGGAAUAAACAAAGGGUUGAUUUUAGCUAGUAAAAGUUUGGUAAGUUACACAGAGUAAAAUACAGUACCUGCUGGAUUCGUGAUAGUUGAUAGUAAAUUGAAUUUUACGAGUUUAUCAAUUUAUAAUGCUUCAUAAGAAAUUUAUGAGAAAAUUAGAGAAUUAACAGAUGUGUUUAUAAUAGAGCCAGAAGUGAAAUAAAUAAGUUGUGAGAUAGAUGGGAAACAAAUAUCUUAUAUGUGUAUAUAGGUAAAGGAUGCAAAUAAGAUUUAUGUGGAGAAUGAGAAAAUAGUGAAUCAACUAGCACAUUCAAUGGUUGUUAAUUAAACAUUUGAGAAAUGA